CCCAUGAACAUAAACAAACCAACGUGCCCAUCGGCGCUAAAUCCAUCACCAAAAAAAAUAAUCGAAAAUUAAGUUGUUUAGUGCGUCAAAUAAAUUCAAACCUGAGAAUGUCUGAAGAUAUAUCAUACACCAUAGAAUAUUCCAAUGAGUUUGCAAUACUAGUGAUAAAGGUGCCCGAUCUCGAUUUAGAACAAGAAGCUUCGUUUGCGCUAGAAGUACUCGAGAAAGAAUUGGUGUUCACUUUACCGCCACAUCAUGUCAGGGUGAGUUCUGAGAAAACCUUGCAAAUCAUAGAUGUUUUCCCAAAACAAAUUGAUUACGAAAAAGGAAUUAUAGUGUAUAAUAUACCAUUGAGCAAAACAAAUGUGAAAGAUGAACAAGUAACUGGAACCCCUUAUGCAUACGGAUUCGGUGGUCUUUACUCUGGAGUGUUAAAUAUUGUGAACAAUCAAGACUUCAAGACGUUAUCUAAUCCGGAAAGAUAUUCUCCAGAGCAGCGGAAAACCUUACGCCUUGAAGAGGAAGCUAAGGAUUUCAAUUUGGAGCAUUACGGAAUGGAUCACGUGCAGUACCUUAUCGAUGGAUUCGGACUACAUUCGGUAGAACUUCCUGCCAACGUUUGCCUUAACAACGAUCAGCAGAGCCGAAUUCGAAUGAUUGUUGACGAGAAAAAGCGGGAGGUUGAAAAAUAUCGAACACUAUCCAAAAAUGUAUCUGUUUGCUUCAACUUGGUCGAUAUCGUCCUUGCCGUUCUGUAUGACAAGAUUGUGAACAGUAAUGAGCUGAACGAGGCAAUUUCUCACGUUAACAUCCAUAGAAUUUCGAGCAGUUUAUCAUAUUUUGAAGAGUUCUCUUCCUAUGAGGACGUACUAAUUGCCUUCUAUAGGAGAAGUUGCAUGUAUCCACUAUACCGAAGCAAAGAUUUAGCACGAAAAAGUGUCAAACUUUUUAUAGACGCUAUGAAUGGAGAAAAUGCAGUUGAGUGGGUGUUGGAAAAGCUACUGUUCAGUUACGAAGCUUUUAAAAAUAAUGAUUGCGUUGUUUUAAAUCAUUAUUAUAUUAAGGACUGCAUACGGUUUCUACAACUUUGCAAACCUAUUGAAAUGCUACAAGAAGCUGGUCGUUAUUGUGCAAAGAUACUGCUAUCGGUUCACAGCAAAUCGCUAGGCUUUGGAGAAGAAGCAGUGGUUCAAAAAAUGGUCAACGAUAUAAUAGGCGUGGAAGACGAAUCAACGGAUUCCGAUGACACAUGUGAUUCAACUGAUGAAACCAGUGAAUCGGAAAGCGAAAGUAGUGAUUCUCUUCCGGACGAAAAUGUGUUGGAAAAGUUGAUGAAUUUGAAAAUACAGUUAUAGAUAGAAAAUA